UUGUAUUCAGUAAUGAACCCUGCUUGAAACAUCACUUUAGAGCGGUGCGAAACGCUGUUCCACGAAGUAACAUUUAACAGGGCUCCAAUGCAACGUUAGGGUUUAAGAUUCUGUGGAAGCAUAAAUGAUUUGAGGCGAACUGAGCAAGGUUGCAGAAAAGAGCCGCUUACUCCCCUGGCGAAUGGUAUCGCCCUGGCGUUCUGCUGUUAGAUGACUGGCUACUCUCUGUCGCUGAGUGCAAUUACAGGCUCCCUCGAACAAAAAAAGACAGGAGCAGAAUUUCCAUUCAGUGCGUCCCGGAGUGCGUUUGUUGCAGGAGGGAAUCUGGAUCCGCUUAGAAUGAGCAUGGCUAAAGGCAGGCGCCGCAACAACCAGAGAUAUAUCAAUAUGGCCGGUGAACCCAAGCCUUACAGGCCCAAAUCUGGUACCAAGAGGCCUUUGUGUGCCCUGUAUGGGAGUGGUUAUGAUUUCGACUACGAUUAUUACAGAGAUGAUUUCUACAGUCGGAUGUUUGAUUACCACGGCCGCAUACCUCCACCUCCCCGCGCCGUCAUACCGAUCAAACGCCCGCGUAUCGCCAUACCCGUCACACGCAGAGGCAAGGGUGGUUUCCCCAUGAAAGGAGGUCCACGAUCUACGAUCACAGGGACAGCAUCCGUGGGACCAAAAUUGAAAUCAGACGAGCUGCAGACAAUCAAGAAGGAACUGACCCAAAUCAAAAACAAAAUUGACUUCUUACUGGGAAGACUGGAGAAGAUUGAGAAGCAACAAAAGGCAGAUGCCGAAUCACAGAAGAAGCAGCUGGAAGAAAACUCGGAGUCUGCACAUGAAGAAUCGAUAUCGGAGAAUGCAGAAACCUCCACAGAGGAACCAGUCGAAGGGGGCCCCGAUAUCGAUGCAGACGGGGAAGAGAUGACUGAUGGAAUUGAAGAAGAUUAUGAUGAGGUUGGCAGCAAUGAGAUGGUAUGAUCUGAACGGGCUGACACGUAGUAUGAUGUGAUUCUUCUUGCAAGACUGCGUGACUAGUUCUAAAAAUAAGUCCAUUUAAUAUCCCAUUGUUGAGAGCCAUGCCCGAAUAUCUUGAAGCAGAAGGCCCAUGUGAUUGUCAUUGUGUGAAUGCGGCAUUUGCAUUAUGAUACAUGUAUUGAACAAUAUUUUUGAUGUGGUCAGAUCAUUAAUAUCUUAUUAGCCUUUUUUUUUUAUUUAAAUUAAAUGUCGCCAUUCUUUAGGUAGUUUUCAAACGGACUACAUUGCUGGAAGCAUCAGCAAUUCGGUCUUUUGAAAGCUGCACUGAAAUUGCAGUAUUUUCAACCAGGGUAAGUUAGAAACAGUCUAUUCCACACGGUUGGAAGGUUUAUUUUCUGGUGGUUUUACAAUAGUUGAAAGAAUACAGGCCCACCGCCGAUUUUCCGACACCCUUUGUUCCAGAGCCUUGCCACGUAAUAAUAAUUUAACAAUACACCUCUGACCCACUAAUUAUCCCCCUUCCCAUGUCUCUUACGCACCAUGGACUGCUAACUUAAAUAAAACAAAUGUUACAUGUAAAUUAAAUGUGAGUGAUGAAAUACAUGGGCUAAACUAAACUAAACAUUGUGUUCUAUGAAUACCCCACCUACCAUAAAAGAUAAAGCUGACUUACAUUGUAUUCUGUCUUUGAGGAAACCUUCCCCUCGUGUUUAGAUGAUUCAUUCAAAUGACACACAGUUAGCCCAUGAUUAACAGGUGGAAUAUAGUUUACAGUUUAUGCAGCACGGUGGGGCAGCGGUAGAGUUGCUGCCUUCCAGCGCCAAAGACCCGGGUUCGAUCCCGACUACAGGUGCUGUCUGUACAUUCUCCCUGUGACCUACGUGGGUUUUCUCCGGGAGCCCCAGUUUCCACCCACACUCCGAAGAGGGGUACAGGUUUGUAGGUUAAUUGGCUUCGGUAAAAUUGUAAAUUGUAAUCGGCGCGGACUCGAUGGGCCGAAGGGCCUGCUUCUGUGCUGGAUCUCUAAAGUAAACUAAACAUUAGUACAGGAUGUAUAAAUGAUGCAGGUUUAUUAGUACAGUAUAAAUGAGAAAGGUUUAUUAUUUACUGAACUUACAAAGAAUGUUACUGUGGUACCGCUUCUUAAUUCUUAACUCUUCCGGGAUGAGCGUACGCCCCACGCAGUCGCGAGAAUUUCAAGUGCGCUCUGGUAGUUUUUUCUAGAUUAAAGGAGGUGCCGGAUCAGCAGUUGCUGGUAAAUCGGUGGUGGACCUGUAUAUUCUUUUAUAUUGAUUUGGAAUGUGUUUCUAAUAAAACCAAACGAGCCGUCCAAGGAGACUAGACGGAGGACUGCAAUGAAUGAGAAACGGAGGGAAAUGAAAGUACAGUCUACUUUCCCAAACAUUUCAGGUUUUUAAAAUCGGAUAUGGCCACCCUCGGAAGGUGCAAUUGAGACGGCAUUCGACCAGCUUUCGUCAAUUUACCAAUUAUAGUUUGAAAAGAAGGCAGAUUUAACGCACCACCUUUCCAAUUGCCGAUAAAUACCGUUCCCAGGCUACUACAGGACUCCGUUCCUGCCAACUGUUUGUAACCCGAAUAUUUCUCAAGUUAAAAUUGUGACUGUCCAGCAAUAUAUUUAAUCAAAAACAUCGGCAAACCAAGGAAAAUAGUUUAGGUGGGACAGUGGUACAGCUUGUACAGCUGCUACCUUACAGUGCCACUGAUCCAUGUUCGACCCAGACUCGGGUGCUGUCUGUGUGGAGUUUGCACGUUCUCCCUGUGACCAUGUGAGGUAUCCUCCGGGUGGAGAUAGACAAAAAUGCUGGAGAAACUCAGCGGGUGCGGCAGCAUCUAUGGAGCGAAGGAAAUAGGCGACGUUUCAGGUCGAGACCCUUCUUCCUCCGGGUGCUUCGGACUCCCCCCACACUCCAAAGACGUACAGGUUUGUAGGUUAAUUGGCUUGAUAUAAAUGUAAAUUGUCCCUAGUGUAUGUAGGAUAGCGUAAGUGUGUGGGGAUUGCUGGUCAGUGCGAACUCGGUGGGCCGAAGGGCCUGUUUCCAUGCAAUAUCUUUAAAUUAAAUUAAACUAAAUCCCGAAGACGUGCGGGUUUGGAGGUUAAUUGGCCCAUGUGUAUAGGGAGAGGAUGAGAAAGUGGGAUAACACGGUACUAAUGCAAGGGUGAUCGAAGGUCAGCAUGGACUCGAUGGGGCGAAGGGUCUGUUGCCAUGCUGAAGCUCUAAACUCAAACCACGCUAAACGUGACAGAGGAUGCCCACAGCAGCUGGGGAAUUCAACCUGUGCUGUCCCAAGCCAAGUGUUCAUUCAGAUGUAUGAGCUAAACGUACAUCAGGAGUUCUUGAUCUGGGAAGGGACCUGUGACUCUUAGACUGGGGAUGCCACCAGCAUCAAUGGGCCAUUAAUUGGAGCUCUGUGAAUGGCAGUCUCCAUGCACCAAGCUCCACUUGCCAACGUUCUCCUGUAUGCAUUGGCUUUGUCCACCAAUCUUCACUUCACACAGUGUGGCGUAAAAAUAAACAGUUAUGGUAUUACAAUGUUACAGCACUUAUCCUGGCUUACUCUGUACACUGCAAAUAUGUGCUGUUUUUUUUAAUGUUAUUUAAUAUUCCACAUCAUUCAUCAUUUUGAAAUUUGUAUAUAUUUAAGGAUGAUCAAUGUAUUUCUAAAGAGUAAUUAAAACUAAUGGCUACUUAA